AUGGGAGGUUCGCUUGCCAGUAAAUUCAGAAAAGAAACAAACAGCUCCACGAGCCAGGAUUCUUAUAAGGAGUUUAUAACUAGCAUGAUUGAUGGAGCAUUAUUAGCAAACGAAAAUGGAGAAAUUAUUGUUUUUAAUGAGCCUGCUCAAAAUAUGUUUGGCAAGUCAAUUUCUGAUGUCAUUGGAACUCAUUUUAGCAAAUUAUUCAGCGAUGAAUCAAACCCAGCAUUGGAAAAGAUAAUCAAGAUGAUAGGUGAAUUGAAAAAUGAAGAAGCAGCCAAACAUGGAGAUGUUAUUGAAUUGGAGUGUGUUAGAAAGAAUCUUACUAAAUUCCCAGCUGUUGUCACUAUAUUUGUGUCGCAAAUAUCAGGAAUGAAAGGUAAUUCAUCCAGCUCCAUGGUGAUUUCAUGUAUUAUGAGAGACAUUACAUCUGAGCGAAAGCAAAAUUCACUUCUAGCGGAGGAGAAGAAAAAUUCUGAAAAUUUAUUGAGAAAUAUCUUGCCAGAUGCUGUUGCAAGUAAGUUGAAAUCAGGUGAGACAUUUAUUGCUGAGAGAUUCAGUGAUAUUACUUGUUUCUUUAGUGAUAUGGUUGGUUUUACAAAAAUGUCAAGUGGAAUGAAUCCAAGUGAAUUGGUUUUAAUGUUGUCAUCAAUUGUGAAUGGAUUUGAUGAUUUGACAGAUGUUUAUUCAUUGGAAAAGAUCAAGACAAUUGGUGAUGCUUAUUUUUGUGUUGGAGGUUUACAUAAUAAUCCACAAUCUGAUCAUCCUGAGAGAACAUUGAGAUUUGCAAUUGAUACAUUCCAAGUGAUUAGAAAUUACAAUAUUGAACAUCCUCAAAAUCAAUUGAAUAUUCGAGUUGGAAUCAAUACAGGAUCAGUUGUUGCUG